UAUACGAUAUGUAAUUGAUUCUAAAUAGGGAAAUCUCACAAUUCGUCUCCCGUUCAACGGCGACCAAGAUCUCUCUUAUUCAUCAUCUCAUACAGAUCCAAAGAUUGAGAUAAGCUCAUUCCUCAUUUAUUACCCCAUUCCCUUAUUUAUCUAAUGGAAUUAUAAAAGAGGCUGAAAUCUGUGUUCUCCACACGUCUUUGGUUAGGAAGAUUUUCUGAUUCAAGCAAUAGAGCCCAGCAUCAAUUGAGAGAUUGGAACGGCUGAUGGAAGACCUGCAUCAAUCUAAUCUGGUCUGCAAAAGGAAACAUGGAGUUCUUUAAAGGUUUAAGUGAAGAGACAUUGUUGAAUGAGCAAUGCUUUGAUCUUCCUGACAUUAAAAAAUGUCCAUUUCUAAGGAACAUUAACGAACAGACCAACUUUUCCUUCUCUCCAAGGAAUUUCCCCUUGUCUAGACGGGGAGCCAAAGGUCCAAUCUUUGAAGAUGGUCCUAAUUUUGAUAUGGCAUUUAAGCUGUUCCAUGGUAAGGACGGUGUUGUCCCCCUCUCAGGGAGGUCAUAUUCUCAUUCCGAGAAUAUGGAGCCUGUGCCUGCAGCCCCUUUUAAUCCCUUAGCAGCGAAAGCCGCUACUAUCAGUCUCUCAGCAUUUGGGCCAGGAGGUCCCUUCAGCUUCAACUCCUUUUCUGAGAUAUGGAAGAACCAAGAAAGGAAAUCCAAGUCAUCCAACAAGAGGAAACCUUCUUCAGAAACGCAGGGUAAUAACUCUUCAAGCCAUGAGUCACUGGGAAAUGAAUGGCUAGAGACUGGCAACUGCCCAAUUGCGAAGUCUUACAGAGCUGUGAGCCACGUUCUGCCAAUUGUUGCAAAUGCUCUUCAACCACCCUCUAGCAUGAAAUUUAAGUGCCCACCUGCAGUAGUUGCAGCCCGAGCUGCGCUGGCUCGUACAUCCUUUGUGAAGACCCUCCGUCCCCAAGCUUUAUCAUCAAAGAUUCUUGUGAUUGGUGUAUUGGGCAUGGCAGCGAAUGUACCACUCGGUGUAUGGAGGGAGCACACGCGUAAAUUUUCGCCAUCAUGGUUUGUGGCAGUGCAUGCAGCCGUGCCAUUCAUAGCAAUGUUGAGGAAGUCCGUUCUGAUGCCCAAGACGGCCAUGGCUUUCACCAUUGCAGCCUCAAUAUUAGGUCAGGUUAUUGGUUCCAGAGCUGAGCGUAUCCGCCUGAAAGCAGUAGCUCAGAGGGCAGAGUUGCUGUCGCAAAGAGAGACAACCAUAGGUGUCACUGGCAAUCCCAAUCCAGGGCUGGUUGUUGGCGGCAUUACAUCUGGACAGUGUGGGGCACAGAAGAUGAAAUGGGAACUGCUUCCACUCAAGCCAGCUGAGACUUCCUCUGCUGAUGUUUGUUUCUGAUUUUGAAUGCUGUGUGCCAUCUUAUUUGGUUGCAGUCAUUUGAAAGACUAAACUUCCACAUGUAGGAAGAUAUCAUUGGCUGCAGUUGGAUAAGAGGGGGAAAAGAAAAAUAAAUAGAGAAAGAAUAAAAGAAAAACAACAUAUUCGUACUUAUAAUGAUCUAUGCUUAUGUUUUCAUUUGUUUUA